UCACUCCCAAGCCCAACCUGUUCAACCUGUCUGCACCUGGAUGACAAGAGAGGGUGGGUAAAUCACGCCGCAGUAGACUGAAGUGUUGGCUGAAGAGUAAAAGGUGGAUGAGGAGAAGGAGGAGGAGUAGCAGGAGGAGGCCAUGGAAGCGGACAACACAGACGAGAUUGAGUCUCUCAUGGAGGACAUGGACUAUAUCCCCGGUCACUUCCACCUGGAGCUCAACCUCAACUGUGACCCCGAUGGGCCCGUGAGGCUACGGCACAGAGACACUUACCUUAAACAAGAGAGCCUGUGGGGAGAGUUGGAGGCCGAAGUUGGAUAUUUACAGUACGCUGUCCGAAAUCUCCUGGGUCUGCUGGCUUUCCACCUGGAACAGCUGGACACGGCUGAAGAAACGUUUAGAAAUAUUUGUAAAGAAGAUCCUGGAAACCUCAAUGCCUGGGCCAACCUAGGCUAUGUGUACGACAAACUGGGGAGAGAGCUGGAUGCAGCGGAGUGUGUGGAGAAAGUGUCCCAGCUCAUGGGUUUAGAUGGUGGAGAGGCCACUCAGGAAGAGACCAGACUCCUGGCGGCUCGCUGUCUGGCCGAACAGGCCUACGUUUAUCCUCACGAUGUGGAGCUGGACAGCGAGGACGACCUGAGAGAGAGACUGACCGCAGCACUGACAUUUUACAACAAAGCCCUAGACUAUGGGGGACAACUGAUUCCAACUGAGGAAAAACGGAGCUGGUAUUUUAAGAUGGCAACCAUCUACAUAAGACUAGACGAUAUAGUAAAGACAAACAACGACUCUGAAUACUCCAGACUUUCUCACUACAAUAAGGGGCUGAGGCUUCUCAAAAAAACACUGGAAUCUGAGAGAACACAACAUAAAGCUUUAGCCUGGUGUUACAUUGGCAUAUUGUUGGAGCGGAAAGACGAGUUCACCACUGUGCCGAUGUCUAUACACGACUGUGGCUACUCUGCCUCUGAGCCACUGUCCUUCUAUGGAACAGCCAUAAAUAUGGCCAGUGAUGAUGCAUUCAUCCUGAAUCUUCUGGCCAAGGUCUUCUUCCUGUUGGGCAAACACGAGAUGGCCACCGGGAUCAGCAACAUGGCGUUAAAUGUGUUGCCAGAUCCGGAGCUUAACUGGCAGGCGUACUGCACCCGCGCCAAGAUAAAUAUGGUGCUUUACAUCAGAGACCUAGAAAAGGCUAAACAUGGUCAAGGUGGAGUCCCAGACCGACAGAGGCUAACUGAGGCCAGAAAAGACUUGGACAAGGUCCUCACUGUACGUCCAUGUCUGCGAACUCACCUCGAGAUGGCUCAGCUGUACUACUACAUGGGCGUCGAUGCACUCCAGGAAAGCCUCUUGGUGGACGAGGGAGCCGUGAAUAAUGCAUUGGUGAGUUUGUCCCAUGCUCUACAUUUCAAGCUGGGCGACAGCUUGCCAGACCUCCAUGUGCUCAGAGGACGCUGCCUCCUGCUGAAGGGCGAGGAUCAGAAUGCCGCAGACUGCUUUAAACAGGCUAUGGAGUUAGAAAGGCCAGGAAGCAGAGACACCACAGCGCUGCGCUGCCUCCUACAGGCCCUGCUGGCUCUGUUCAUGCAGGGUGGCACUGAUCCUGGUCCUGCCAUCACUCAGCUGGAGAUGUGGGUGCGCAAGGCAGAGGAGAGGUACCCUCAGGACAUUGUGAAGGCUGAGCUCAGGUACCUUUACCGGACUCAGACAGCAGAAGUCACAGAGUUAUCCCGGGCCCUGAUCAGCACAGGACGACUGGAUCUAGUGAAGAGGCUACUGGAGACAGUGGUGCCCAAACAAGUCUCCAAGAGGAAAGUUGCAAAGGCAUUUUCCUUCACAUGAGCCACAUAUGUGACAUUAGUAGGUACACUCUGGGCAUCUGAUGGGUUAAACAAUGUGACAUGGGAAUAUCUGUUCAUACAUCAGAAAGAUGCGUCUCAUAUGAAUGUGUUUUCAACAAAACAAAUAAAUCAAGUUACUGUACUUACUAUGCUGUAGCUUCAACAUGUACAGCAAGCCAUAAAUAAUUUACACUGAAUGUUUUCGCCAGUUAUCAAACAACACAUUUCUUUAGUUUUGCGUGAUAAUACUGUAGUAACUUUGAUGUUAAGUUACAAAAAGCAAAACGUAAACCUGCAAACAAUGAAACCACUGCUAAUGUCAUUUCUGUGACUUGCCACCAGCAGAGCAAUAAAAUACCACUUAAAUUUGAA